AUGAGGCUGCCGCUCCCGCUCAUCGCGUGCUUGGGGAUGCUCUUGGCAGCGCUCAUCGCCGUGCUGUACGUGCAACCGCUCCAGGGGCUGGACGCCCCGGGGUGCACCGUCCCCUACAUGAACCCGGGCUACCUGAGAGUGGUGGCGUUCGACACCUCCCACACCGCCUACGCCCGGAAGUAUCUGCUAUACUUGUACCGCGAGGAAGACGUCGACCCGGUGCCCCCGCAACACGACGAAGGCUUCGCCAUGCUCGACGGGGUGCCCCUCUUGUUUAUCCCGGGCAACGCCGGGCUGUUCCGCCAGGUGCGGUCGCUAGCGGCCAAGCUCGCCGAUACCUAUUUCGGGCACUAUCAACAUGACGCUAAGACGAACCCGCAAGCUCGAAAUUAUGAUGUUUUCACCGCCGAUUUUAACGAGGAUUUCACCGCGUUCCACGGCCGCACCAUGCUUGACCAGGCCGAGUACCUCAAUGAGGCGGUAAAAUUCAUUUUGAGUCUUUAUCUGAAUAACCACGACCCGCCGCAACUGGUGGUGAUUGUGGGACACUCAAUGGGGGGCGUGGUGGCCAGAGCCAUGGUCACAUUACCCAAUUACGUUCCGGGGUCGAUCAAUACUAUCGUCACCCUAGCCAGUCCCCACGCCGCUUCCCCGUUAACAUUUGACGGCGACCUUAUCCGCUUAUACUCCAGCAUUGACCGGUUCUGGUACGACGGCUACGAUGAGUCCCUCAACGGGUCAGUGGCCCACGCUCGUCUCGCCAACGUCUCCCUCAUAUCCAUCACCGGUGGCAUGUUGGACGAUACUCUACCGGCAGACUACACCACCCUCGCAGCGAUGGUGCCUGCCACCAAUGGCUUUACUGCCUACACCACGGGUAUCACCGAGGUGUGGUCCCCCAUCGACCAUUUGGCCAUCGUGUGGUGCGACCAGCUCCGCCACCGCCUCGCCCGCGCCCUCCUAGACAUCGUCGACGUCUCCGCCCCUCAACGCACCUAUUCUCUCGACAAGCGGAUGUCGAUCUUCCGCCAGCAUUUACUCUCAGGUUUUGAGGACUACGCCACCCAGGAUAAGCUUGUCCACCAUUAUAACCACACCUUCAACGUCAAACGCGACGAUAUCGACGCCUCGACCCAGUUCCUGGUCGCCGAACAACACCCCGGCCACCACGUGACGGUGUUUGACGUUGCCAACAACACCGACUUUGUCAUGCUCACCUCGGUACCGCCGACAGUAUGGCCGGAAUUCGUUGCCAACCACUACAUCAACCCCUCCGUACUCCUUUGCAGAGCAACCAACACCUCCCGCGCCGACUACGACGUCUCUACUCGUCGUCAACCGACGGUCGUCCAACAGUGUAUUGACGUGCUGCUUGACUAUAACGUGGUGCCUAACCCGCACCAUCCGUUGAAAUCAUCAGCGUUGGGCGGGGAAACCUCUCCGUACUUCGCCAUCCAGUAUAACCUGCUGGCCCUCGCCGAGUGGGACACGGUGGUGGUGUUUGACCGCUUAACUCCGAGCGACGACGAUGCUGUGCUUCAAGCCCAGAGCUACCCGUCGAACCCUCCCCACUAUACCAUCAGCGGAGGGCUUGCGGCGUUAGCCUGGGGACAACUGAUAACGCUUCCAGCGGAUAGACCGAUGGUUCUGGAAGUGGCAGUACCAGGAGCGUGGUCGCUGAUCUUGGCCUAUAACGUCAUCUUCCGCCCUAAACUACGCCACGGGUCGCUGUGGCUGAUGGUACGUCAAUGGGGCACCGAACCCUACGAGACCAAAUGGCACGUCGACGGCGAUUUGUCUUCGUUAGUGAUUACUAAGCAUGGCAUUGCUCCCUACACCCCCUUCCGAGUGACGGAAAAGACCGACCACGGCGUCAACUUCCAGAUCUGGCAGCUGCUGCCGCUGGAGGCCCUUGAGGUUCAUGUCAGAGUCAACUGGUGGGUAUCGCUUAGACUCCUUGUGUUGCGCUACCGGCUCGCCCUCGUCGCCAUCUGCGUGCUGAUCCUGUUGGCGGUGAUGUGCUGCCAGAUCAGAGUGUAUCAGACCACCCACCGCUGGCCCGAUUUCGUCCAGGCGAUGGCCUAUUUGGUGACUCCCCCCGUGCUCAUUGCGGUGAUGGUCACCUUAAUCAUCCUCACUCCCCUCACCAAAGUCCUGUGGAUCCAGGAGGCGCUCGACCUCAUCGACCCCGUGGUCCUCCGCGACCCCAACGACAUCAACCUCCUGCUCCGCCGCGACUACCGCCUCAACUCGUUCUACCUCGGGUUGGAGGAGUCGUUUUUGUGGUUUUUGGGCCCGAUGUUCUUCACCAUUGGUGUCGGGCUAGUGUACCUGCUGGCAUUAGUGAUCUCGCUCCUUGGCUCGGGUCUUCGUCGCGGGUUCCGCCGGGUCAUGCCUACGCCAACGGAAGAGCCGAAACCGCUCGCCGAGGUGGAAAUCCGCCUGAAACUGCUGCCGCUGGUGGCAGCGCUGGUGUGGCUGCGCCGCCGCACGAUCGUCAUGGGGACGAUGAUCGUGUUGGUGCCGUUCUACCUCCCCUACCUGGUGGUCUACGUCGCCUGCGUCGUCAUCCAGGCCCUCAAAGUGUGCCGCUACGCCAUCACCGAGCUGGCGCUGAACUACCACUACCAAAUGACGUUGCUCAUGGUGAUGCUCUGGACACUACCCGUCAACAUCCCCAUCUUGGUGGUGUUUGUCCACAACAUCGCCGUCAACUGGACGACGCCGUUUUCAUCUCACCACAACUUGUUGCUGAUUUUACCCAUACUUAUCGUCACCCGGCUCGGGUCGAUCCCCAACUUUGGCAAGAACACGUACACCCGGGUGGUGGUGGGCUACUUGGCCUACUGCAUCGGCUACUGCGUCGUCUACGGCGUCCGCCACACGUUCUGGAUCCACCACUUGGUUAAUGCUUUGUGCUGUCUUCUCAUCUUUGGCUACAUCGACCCCCGCUAA